GCAAUUUAAACACAUGUGCGACCAUAAUUAAAGCGAAAGAUGUUCUGCAUCCAAGAGUCUGAUCACAAAGAUCCGUUCUCAUCGGACCAAGAUCCUCUGGAAGGCCCUUCGGAGUCCAGCGACGAUGAACCGGCCUCCAAACGCCUGAAAACCUACGACUCUCCGUCGCUGAACCUCAAAGUGUAUCAGAUACCUGCCUACAAUGCUUCAAAGUCACUAUCGAUAUAUCCAACGGCACCGCAGUUACCUAUAUUCGUCAAUAACCCUUUGAAUCUGGCCAACCCGUUGGCUCUGAACACAACGGUUCAGGUCGAUAAUGUAGUCAAGAAUUUACAUAGUCGAUACUCCCUGCCUGCAAAAUUGACCAUCACACCGGUGCCUCAAAGCCCUAAAUGUGAGAACGGUCAAAUCGUGAGGUAUAAGAAGAAUGGGGAGGUAGCAAAGAAGAGGGGACCUCCGAAGGGUUACAAGAGGAAACCGAAGGUAGACCUCUCACAGAGCUUGAACAAUGGGGCGCUACAGGCUCAAAAUGUGAUAUUGACAAGUUUAUUGGCAGCCAACAAUACGACGUUAAGUUUGUCGCUUCCGCCUCCGCCUGUGGAGGAGCCCGUCAGAGUCGUCUCGGAGCCGGUCAAGGUACCUGAAGGAGUCGAACUGGUGGAACUACUCCUGGACCCUCAAGACUGGUUUCCGGACGAGCCCUACAAGAUGGUGUUCAGCAGGAAAAAGAACCCUAAAUGGAAGAACUUUCCUUACAUAUGCGAGUUUUGUUUUAAGGGGUACCGCGUGGCGUCGACCCUGGUGUCGCACUGCGGCUCGCGGCACGGCGCCUGCCCGCGCGCGCUGUGCGUGCCGUGCCCGUGCUGCCCGCACGUGUCCCUCCGCCGGAAGCAGCACAAGAAGCAUCUGGAGACGCACCACGGGAGGAAGCACAGGAUAUUCUGCGUGUACUGCCUCCCGCCAGCGGAUCCCGGCGAGCCUCACGUCAAGGAGAACACGAAGUAUCCAUUCGACACCCACCCUCAAUACUGGUACGCCUCCGAGGAGUCGUUGAGGCUGCACAAGAAGCGGAAACAUCCGUACGCGGCGAUGUUCAACUACAACUGGUACUGCACGUGGGGCGAGAACGCGCCGAACAGCUAAUAGGAAGGACAGCUUUAAUUGCACUGGCAACAUUGUGAUGUACGGUAGGAUUUUUAGUUUUUAAGCUGGCAACAUUUUAGUGGAAUUUCUCGAGGCUGGCAAUUUUUUUGUUUUUUUUUUGUAAGGCCUAUCAGUAUUGCUCGCUGAAGUCUAUUGAGGCUUGUAAACGUUGUUAAGAAGAUACAGUGUUUGUCAAAGUUAAGUAUAAAUUGACACGACCGGCAACAUUAUAAUAUGUAUUAUUAAAACAUGACCAAUGCUGCCAACACAAAAAAAUAAUUAGGCCAGUA